UUUUUAACAAUGAAUAUUGAUUUUUAUCAAUAUACAAGAUUAAAUAUAGAUCCUCAUGAUGAUUUACUUGGUGAUCGAUAUAUGAUAACAAAAAACUUAGGAUUUGGUGUAUCAUCGAUAGUUUAUUUAUUAGAAAAAAAUGAAGAUAAUGAUUCAGUUGAAGAUUCACAAUAUUAUGUAAUGAAAAUAUUAAAACAAAGUAAAUAUUCAGAAUGUUUUCAAGAAGAAAUUGAAAUGACAAAAAAAUUAAAAGAAUUUAAUGAUUUAAAUAAAUUUCAUUUAUUUUUUCAAGAUAUUCUAUAUUCAUUGUCUUCAGAUAAAUAUUUAUUCUAUGAAAAAGAAUUACAAUGUAUAGAAUCAUUAUCAUUGAUCCAAUCGAAACAACUUAUUGAUAUAAUUCAUUAUUUAUAUGAUUGUCGUAUUAUUCAUCGUGAUGUACGUCCACAAAAUUUAAUGUUAGAUCGUGAUAGUAAUCAUAUAAAAUUAAUUGAUUUCGGUUUUGCAUUUGCAUUUGAUACGGAUAACAAGGGGGGCAGUAUAGAUAUCAUAGGCCCACUUGCAUUUGCUAGUGAACCAUUUUUACAUUUGUAUUCAAAAUUAUUAAAAGGCCAAGAUUUUCCAUAUUAUUUCUAUGAACGAACUUUUGAUUUAAUAUGUGCAUUAAAUAUUAUAAUGGCUAUGAGUAAUGUUGAUAUCAAACGAAGUAUUGAUUCAUUUAUAUAUUUACAAGACGUUAACGAAUUAGUAUUAAAAUCAUUGCAAUUAUGGAAAGAUACUCGACGUACAAAUAAAUAUUAUUCAAAAUUAUUGAAGUUAAUAAAAAAGCUGGAUUCUUGGUAUCCAUUAGAUGAAUCAAAUGAAUCAUCAGUUUCUCAUGUUUCAAAUGAUCAAUCAGCUGAAUCAGAUCAACCAUCAAUUUCUAAUGUUUCACAAGGACAAUCAGAUCAAUCAACGAUUUUUGACAUUCUAAAAGAUAAAAUAGAAAAACUUUUCGAUGUGUAA